ACUUAGGAAAGGUUUUACGGAGAGCGAUUGUUUAUGUCAAAAAUUGUCUCCAACUUCCCCCGUGAGAAAUGACUUGAGACGAUGCACAUAUCUGCCAUGGAUAACCAGGUCGAGAACUGUGAAGAGAUAGAUAAGGAUGAUAUCCACUUUUUAGAGAGUAUUGGAAAAGGAUCAUUCGGAGUCGUCUACAAAGCUGUGUGGAAAUGUGUAACCGUUGCAGUUAAGAAAGUAGAAACAGAAUCAGAGGUCAAUGCCUUUUACAAUGAAGUUCAACAAUUGGCUCGAGUUGAACAUGAGAACAUCAUCAAGUUAUAUGGGGCAUGCACAUCCGAUGCCCAUAAGUGCCUUGUUAUGGAAUAUGCUGAUGGUGGAUCCCUCUAUCAUUUGCUACACAAUUCCCCAAACACAGAAUACAAUCUGGCCCAUGGCAUUUCAUGGUUAUUGCAGUGUGCCAAGGCUGUAGCCUACCUCCACUCCAUACAGCCACGGCCUUUGCUGCACAGGGACCUCAAACCUCCAAAUUUGCUCCUUACAAAAGGAGCAAAAAUCCUGAAAGUCUGUGACUUCGGGACAGCUUGUGAACUCAGUACCAUUAUGUCUGAUAACCGAGGAUCUGCUGCUUGGAUGGCUCCUGAAGUCUUCGAAGGGAAACUCUAUACAGAAAAAUGUGAUGUGUACAGUUGGGGCAUUAUCUUGUGGGAGGUGAUAACAAGGCGAGUGCCCUUCGAGGACUUGGGACUAGCAGUGCGCAUCAUGUGGGCUGUGCACCAGAAGCAGAGACCACCUCUAGUGACAGGCUGUCCCAAGUUGCUAGAAAACCUUAUGAAACGGUGUUGGGACCAUGAUCAUGUAAAGAGGCCACGCAUGGAGGAGGUGGUGGAAAAGGUCUCCAAAAUAUGCCGUUUUCUGAAGGGCUUUGAUAAACCUAUCCACAAUCCUCCUUCUGACGAUUCAAUAACUGAUUCCUAUAGGUCUCCAUGUAUUGGGUCAAGUACAGGGCACACUAGCAGGGAUGUGAGUGAGUUGAGCACCAACGACACUGCUGGUGAUGGGCUCACUCGGAGCGCGAUGUCUCAUAAUAGUAUCUCGCUCUCAGAUUUUCAAAAUGCAGGGCCCUUCUGGGGUAGUGAAGAAAGUGAGGGGACAUACCCAGUAAUAGACACCAAUACCAGUGGCAGUUGCUCACCUCAGCUUCAAAGGCCUGCUAUUAGUCCUAACGUAUCCAGCACAGUGGUUGUGACAGGAGAGGGCUCCCCAUGGAGUACUGCGCCAAGUGAUGACCUGCAUGAGCACAUGCAGCCACUGGCCAUUAGUAUUUCUAAUAUAGACCCCCCAACUCGCUCAGAUGUCACGCUCGCUCCUGCCCUCAUUCCUGCAGUAAACAUCCGAGCCCCCAUAGGCUCUCUAGAAGGUAUCAGCCCAAUACAAGUCCCUAUGCGCCGACACCUGACGCCCUUUGAUCCUCAGGGUCAACUCAAGCGACAUUCUGCUGAAGUCACACCGCAACCUACCUCUUAUAAGGAAGGCGGACAGUAUGGUGGUGGCAAUCACAAUGGCGAGGGUGGAGGAGGCGGAGGCAUAGACGGCGGCGGAGGAGGCGGCGACGGAGCAGACGAGGAAGAGCUCGGUGCUUAUUGGGAGCUCCUGGACGGGGAGAUCCGCCCGGUCAAGCCCAUCCCUGCCUACCCCGAGUCGCAGGUCAUCUUUGCGGAACACAAGGAGAUGGCACGCAAAUAUUUGGUCCUGCAGCAAGAAAUAUUCAACUUGCGGAAGAACAAGAUUGCCCUGCAGGAGAAACUGUCACAGGCUGAGAAGCUGGAGCAGCUCGGCAACCAGCGCUACCAAGACAAGAUAAGAGAACUUGAAAACAAAAGGGAGAACCUUCGGCACACUCACAGUAAACUAAGACAACAGCUGGAGCAGAUUUUGGCCAGACAGCAAGAGCAGCAACAACGGGAGCAGCAGCAGCAGGAGGACGGGAGGGGAGGCGGCUUGGGAUCAAACCUCUCCCUGACCCCCCUCUGAGGACAGGUGCACGCUCUCCCCCUCUCCAAGCACCAGGGCUGUGAUUUGUAAGACAGUCAGGGACUCCUUUCUUGCGUGGAUGCGCUGUUCUUCCUUAGUUUGUCAUGCCACGCCCAUAUCAUGUGAGAUGGAAGCACAGAAGAAGAAGAAGAAAAGAGAAAGUUGAUUGGACUAAUGUAUAGAUAUUGGAUCAAAGGAUUUAUUACUUUCUGAUCUGCGAAGAGUUCAGAUGUAUAGAUUUUUUUUUAUCUGAUAUGAUAUUUUAAGUAUUUUAGAAAAAGUGAAAAAAAAAAAAAUCUUGGAUGGGUGACCAGGGCUGCAAGUUCGAGCAGCUGAAAAAGAGGAGAAAGUAGGCGAUAACUUUCCUUUUCUUCCCCACUUAUAUGUUUCAUCCUUAACAGGUACUGAGUUGAAUCUAUGGACACUUAUUCUAGAUUGUAGGUAUCAGAUAAAACACAUUGUCAAUUAUUUAGAACCAAAUUUUAGUCUUUUAAGUUGUAAUUUUGGUCACUUAUUUAAUAUUCAUUAUAGAAUCACCUGAUAUGACUUAUUUAUUGAUGUAUAAUAUUUUGGAGUUGAUUCUUGCAACUCUAAAAAGUAUGCAUUUUUAGGCUAGAGUAUUUUUUAAUGGUAGAAUAUUACAUCACAAGAGAUGUGGUGAUGCACUCUUGUUCAUUUUUUGAGUUUGAUCCUUCAGUUUAAAUUUUCUUGCAUUAACUUGGCUAAGAAAAGAAAAUAGGAAGGAUGUAAUUACUUGGCACUGGUGAAAAGAAAAUUCUUAAUUUUUAUCAUAUGAAUAUCUGUAACUUAUUUUAUUGAGGUUUUAUAUGGAGCAGGAAUAUAUUCUGUGAUAAAGAAGGUAAUACAAAAGACAUUUUAACCAUGAUAUGUAUGGAUGUUCUGCAUUUUUAAUUUUAUUAUGUGCUAUGAGUGAAACGGAGCUUUUGAAAAGCUAGUCAAACCAUAACCAAGAAUUGUAGGAAAUUGUAGGGAUUUUGUACAUUAUAAUUAAUAUUAUUAUUAUUAAUCAUUAUUUUUAUUAUUAUUAUUAUCAUUAUUAUUAUUAUUAUCAUCAUCAUCAUCAUCAUCAUCAUCAUCAGUAUUCUUAUUAUAUAAUUUUUUUAUAUUACUGAUAAAUAUUUUUACUGCAACUACUAUUAGUGGCAUUUUUGUUAGUUUUUACUAUUACUCCUUUUACUGAUAUUUUUUAAUGUUAUCACUAGCAUUUUUAUCAUUUUAUGUAAUAAAAAACAAAAGCAGAACGUAUCCAGCAAUGGAGCAUAUCAUAGAUGUCGCUGAAUAGCACAAGUUCCAAGUACCAGACCGUCAGAAAGAUGCAGGAAGCAUUGUAUGAAAAAUAAGUAUAUUUAUUUAUGAUCUGUUGUGAAUUAGCCAGUAGGCAUUAGUUGUCUGAAAGAUCCCGAGGAAGCCAUGAAGUGUGACUGGUGAGGGAGGUUCAGUUAGUGCUGCAGUAAAGUGUAAAAGCAGCAAGUGUGUAUGUGCCUUUGAAUGUGUUCAUCUUCGUUAUAUAAUCUCUUGAAGUAGCUUAGAGGGAGAGUACUGUACUUCUAAGCUGCUCUACAGGUGUUUUAGAAGUGAUAGCGUACUUGUCAGCUUUGAAGUGUUUUGAUCUUUUUAAUGUAAUAUAUGUAAAUAUAGAUAUGUAUUUUAUAUGACUAUUGAAAGAAAGAUAUUUACA